CUAGGAUACAACGAGGCAGCCAAACAGGAAAUGUUCCAGCCUGAUUUGGGGUUUCCCCAAAUACUGUUACAUGGUAAAAAAAUCUAUUUUAAUCAGCAGUUUGUUCAAUUUAUAACUCGGCUAAAGAAAUAAAGCAUGGAUACGAAAAUAAAGGUACCACAUGCCCUGAAAGCUAAAGUGAUGCUAUGGACAGAUGUAAGCUACCAUGACAUGGAGGAGAUCAACAAAAUGCAGUCCAUUCCUGAUCUGGAGAGUGCUUUGUGCAGUGUGUUUGGAGUUGACCUCCCUGAACCAAAAAGAGAAGUCCUGCUGGAGGUGUAUGUCCAGACUGUGCGUUUUUGCAGAGCACGCAGCUUCAAAAUGGAACAGACUUCUGCUCUCUUGUCCAUCAUCAAGUCCAUCCAUGAGGCUAACAUAGAAACUCCACUCAUCAACAUAGAACAGUGUCUUGAAUACUGCAAGGAACUACUUCUCUGUCACUCAGUCAGGCGACCUCCCUUUAGUAUAAACCUGUUCAGCUCUGAGGAGGUGAACUGUAUCUUUAAGUACAUCUAUAACAGCUAUGUAAGACACUACAAACUCUACAAAUAUAUUUUCACUCCACAGGUAAAACUUGAUUUGUCUUUGACUUACUCUGGGAUCCCAGACCAGGACGAACCUACCAUGGAGAAUUCCUCUGCUCCAGAUGUUGAAAUUGUGAUGGAAAAAGAAGCAGAAGCAGUACCAAACACACACAACUCUCCUCCAACACAGGCAACAUCUAUCGGAGAGUCAGAGGGAGCCACACUCGGGUCCCAAUCAGAGCUGAAGGCUCUGAUAGAGAAAGAGGUCAGAGAGCAUAUGACGCAUUUGUCUGGACAACUAGAUCAGCGAAUGAAAGAAAUUGCAGAUCAGCAUAACAGCGCACUAGAUUCUCCACAGCCCAACCCCAGAGACAAAAAAUAAUGAAUGAAAGAUGUUUUCUCUUAGCUUUUCCACUCACCCAGCAAGUAUGUUGAUGCUUGAAUAAGAAUUCAUGCAAAAUUAAACUCAAUUCAAACUAAAA